CCCUUCUGUCUUUUCCGCUCCCAAAAUAUCAAAAAAUUAAUUUUAAGUUCCCUAAUUUUCCUGGCUUGGAGAGGAAGAACAAACUUCCAAGUAACCCCUCCUCUCAGUUUCAGAGAAAGAAGCUCAAAGUCAUCAAAUUUUGACCCCAAUGACACCUACCGCUCCUAAUUAAAGUACACGAUUUCUGAUAUGGAAAUUCUCUCCUGCCACUCGGCACCAUGCUGUAAACUUGUAAAUUUAGGGGGGACUUCAGUUCAUAAAAGCUCAGGUUCAAGUCAAGCAAAGCUGCCUGGUUCUAGAAACAAUAGGAUUUUAUGUGCUAGAAUUGGUUCUAAAUUGGGUUCUUCAGGAUAUUCUAAUUUAGAUGAUUUUUGCACAAAGAACUUUGGUCGACAUGAAGGUUCUAGGUCCUUAACAGCUUUCAAAGGGUCUGCAAAUGUAAAUUCAAAGGCCUUGAGUGAAAGCUAUAAUGGUUAUGUAAUUGAUGGAAAGGAGGGGGUAGGAGAUAUUUCAGAACGGGGGGACCUAAUAACUCAGAUUUUGAUCCCGGGUUUGCCAGAUGACUCAAAUGAUGAUUCUGGUGCUCAGAUAAGUAGCUGUUUUUGGGAGUGGAAGCCCAAGCUCACUGUGCAUUAUGAAAAGUCGGGGUGUGAAAAUGUAAACUCCCCACCAGUGCUCUUUCUUCCUGGGUUUGGAGUUGGGUCCUUCCAUUAUGAGAAGCAAUUAAAGGAUUUGGGCCGUGAUUUUAGAGUGUGGGCAGUUGAUUUCCUUGGGCAGGGCAUGUCAUUGCCAUUUGAAGAUCCUGCUCCUCAAUCCAAGAAAGAGUUGGAUUCAGAAAGAAAUGAUUUCAGUUGGGGCUUUGGAGAUGAAACUGAACCAUGGGCAAAUGAGCUGGUUUACUCUAUUGACUUAUGGCAGGACCAAGUUCGCUAUUUCAUAGAACAGGUUAUUGGUGAACCAGUUUAUAUUGUGGGGAAUUCACUAGGAGGAUUUGUUGCACUCUACUUUGCAGCUUGCAACCCACAAUUGGUUAAGGGUGUUACAUUGCUCAAUGCAACACCAUUUUGGGGAUUUCUCCCUAAUCCUUCAAGAUCUCCAAGUCUAGCUAGGAUAUUUCCAUGGGCUGGAACAUUUCCUCUUCCUGCUUUUGUGAGAAAGCUCACAGAAUUUGUUUGGCAGAAAAUUAGUGACCCUAGAAGCAUUGGAGAGGUACUUAAGCAGGUUUAUGCAGAUCAUUCAACAAAAGUUGACAAAGUGUUUUCCCGUAUACUUGAGACAACACAACAUCCAGCAGCUGCUGCAUCAUUUGCCUCAAUAAUGUUUGCUCCUCAGGGACAACUAUCUUUCAGUGAAGCUUUGUCUAGGUGUCAAAUGAGCAAUGUGCCCAUCUGUCUGAUGUAUGGGAAAGAAGAUCCCUGGGUGAGGCCUGUCUGGGGUCUUCAGGUGAAGCGGCAAUUGCUUGAGGCUCCAUAUUAUGAGAUCAGCCCAGCUGGUCACUGCCCUCAUGAUGAAGUUCCUGAGGUUGUGAAUUAUUUACUGCGUGGGUGGAUCGGAAACCUAGAAUCCAAGGGGUCUGUUACCUUACCUCUGCUUGACGACCCAGAAAAUAUUCAGUAUGGCACCACAAAGGACUUGGAAUUUGUUAGAGAAGGAUCAAAAAAAUCAGUGAGGGUGCAUUUCUAUGGAUCCAGGUUUUCACUUUGGAAUAGGAUACGCUCUUAUGUCAAAUCCCGUUUUGAAGCUUUAGAAAUCAAUUCUCGAUAACAUAGCCUCCCUAACCUUUGUUCCAGACAUUAUGUAAAUCCUGAAAUGUAUAAUAUCAUUUGAUUAUUUUUGUAUCAUAGAAAGUAAAUCAAUAUGCAAGUCCAUAGUGUUGCAAACUUAAAAUGUCAAAUUAAUGUAUUUGCAUUCACUCAAUAAAUUCCAAAUCCAAA